AUGUUGUCAGCGCAUGAAUUUGACCAGAAGCCUAAUCAGGUUUCGAUCUCACCCCUCCUUCAGAAACUUGCCUACCCCACUACCCAGGUCCCGAUUGAAGCCUCCGAAAUCGCUUCAGCAUUCGCAUUGAUUUUUGAAGAUCGACUAUCGGCAAUUCAGACGGCCGCUCUUCUGACUCUUUUGCAUUCUACUGGAAAAGAUCGAGAUGCGCAGGUCAUUGCAUUAUGUUCGCUUCGCAUGAGAGAGGCAGCUCGCCAGAUCGAGAAGAGCUCUUUGCAAAAGGUCAUCAAUGCUCGUGGGAAGAAGGAAGGAAACUAUGGGGGCGGCCUGUGUGAUAUUGUUGGGACAGGUGGUGAUUCACAUUCUACAUUCAACAUUUCGACGACUGCCUCUAUCAUCGCCUCGCCGCUCCUUAUGAUGGCCAAGCACGGCAACCGCGCGCAAACUUCAUUCUCUGGCUCUGCUGACGUCCUGAACGCGAUCGCUCCAGUUCCCCCGAAGAUCUCCGCAGUUACUGCCGAGAAUCUUGCCCAAGUCUAUGAAGCGACGAGCUACGCGUUCCUGUUCGCCCCCAAUUUCCACCCCGGUAUGAUGUACGCUAAUCCAGUGCGUCGGGGCUUGGGCCUGCGAACUAUCUUCAAUCUAAUGGGCCCAUUGGCAAACCCAGUCGACUGGGCGCUGGAAGCGAGAGUGGUUGGUGUGGCUUAUCAGAGCCUGGGGCCCGUGUUCGCAGAAGCCUUGCGCACCGGUGGGGCAAAGAAGGCCCUUGUUGUCUGCGGUGCGGAGGACAUGGACGAGAUCAGCUGCGCGGGUCCAACAAACUGCUGGAAACUUACGGAAUACCCCAAUCCCGACUACGAAGGCCCCGAUGAGGAGUGUUCCUGCGACGAGUAUGAAGAUGUUUCCCGGACUCUGGUCAAGAUUGAAACCUUCCAGCUUCACCCGUCUGAUUUCGGUCUGCCUACACAUCCUCUGAGUGCAGUCUACGGUAGAAAGAUGCCGAAAGAAAACGCAGCCAAGAUCAUGAGUAUUCUGCGAAACGAGCUGCCUCCGGAUGAUCCCAUCCUUACAUUCGUCUUGAUGAAUGUUGCCGCCCUCCUGGUGAUUUCGGGUCUUUGUGAUGCAGACACUAGUAACAUGGGCCCUGGUGAUGAUGGCAAGGUGAUCACCGAACGCGGUCCGGGCGGCGGUCGCUGGAAGGAGGGUGUUCGACGAGCAAGAUGGGCCGUCGAAAGCGGUUCGGCUCUUAAAUGUUUGGAACAGUUCAUCGAAGUCACAAACAGACUUUAA